GCGGACCCCACGGGCGAAGGUGCUGGCCACGUGACCGCGGGCGUCCGGGGCGAGGCUGGAGCGCUGAGGGGAGCGGAGCGAGGUCCUGGGAAGGGAACCCGGCCCCCACCCCCGGGCGACGUGGCUGGCCUCGGGACCCCGGGCAACGGCUUUUAGGGUGGAAGGAGAUUUCCUACAGGCCCGUCUCCCCUCCCCACCCAGAGCUUCCAGUUUUGUGUUUGCGGGAGAAGAUACAGCGUUUUCCUUUACGGCCACUUUCAUUGAGCAUCUAGGACGCGCGGGCGGGUCAGGGCCUUUAAACGAUGACAACACAGCAAGAAAAAAACUCGCGUAGAGGUUUCGAAGUGCGAGGAGCGCGGGGAGAGGAGAGGGAAGUCCAUCUCCGCAGAGGGCGUGACCGCGCGCCGAGGCGCCGCCGGGGCGUAGAGGAUGCCGGCGACGGCGGAGGAGGGAGUCUGGACCGCGAUGGACCUGCCCGAGCGCUGCGUGGCCCCUCCCCCCCCCAACUCCCCCGGCUGAGAAGGUCGGAGUUUAGCCUUCAAAGGCAAAUCAGGCAGAUCAGAUUUGGAGGGUGACACGCCAAGAAGUUUAGGAACGAGAUGAUCAUCAGCUCGCCCAACAAUCCAGUGAAGUGGGUACUGUUAUCUCCGUUUCGUGGAUGGAAAAAUGAGGCACAGGAAAGGAAGAGCAGCCUUGUUUUCGAAAUGAUUUGCGGGCUGCUGGAGGAGGCUGUGAGAGGAAGUCUGACCCAUCGAAGCCAGCCUGCCAAGCACAUCUGGAAGUGGUUUCAGGGGCUGCCUCACUCAGCCAGCACAGCGCCUGGAUUCCCAGCUGCUUGGAGCAGGGGUGGAAGAAACCUGAGCUGCUCCAGAGUCGACACAAGCAAGGGGGGUGCAGUAGGGGAGGAAGACUGUGUUGGAAACGCAAUAUUGGCCUUGAGGCUCUCCAGCCCUUUGGGAUUUCCAGUGGGAUUGUAGAAGCAGCCGAAGCAGCGUGAAGGGCAGCAUCUUGGGGCCGACCACGAUUUGAACGCUCUGCCCUGCAGUUCUUCUGGACGGAGGAGCCCAAAGCCCUGCCCUCACCGCUCACCAGUAUCCUUUGUGUGCUGCCUGAUGGAAUUCCAGGCCUUCAUCUAACUCAGACGUAGAGCAGUGUGGGGCAGUGGUGGGAACGUUGGGCUCUGCGGUCCAACUCACAGAGUUAGUGCCAUCUGAUCUGCUAACCAGAGGGCUGACAGGGCUGUUUUUGGAGAAGGUGAAAGAUUACCCUUUGGGAUCCCUUUGUACAUUUUGUACAGCCAGAGAAAUCAGUUUGAAGAGGUCACAGUUUUUAUCCACGUGAACACACAUGGCUUUGUUACGAAAAAUUAACCAGGUGUUGCUGUUCCUUCUGAUUGUGACCAUCUGUGGGAUUCUGUAUAAGAAAGUUCAUAAGGGGACUGUGCUCAGGAACGAAACAGAUGACGACUCUGAGGCUCCAGAGGACAUGGAGGAUGAGAUUCCGGUGGUGAUCUGUGCAGCAGCAGGGAGGAUGGGUGCUGCGAUGGCUGCCAUCAACAGCGUCUACAGCAACACCGAUGCCAACAUUUUGUUCUAUGUAGUUGGACUCCGGAACACUCUGUCCCGAAUACGAAAAUGGAUCGAACAUUCUAAACUGAGAGAAAUAAACUUUAAAAUCGUGGAAUUCAACCCUGUGGUCCUCAAAGGGAAGAUCAGACCAGACUCCUCGAGGCCUGAACUGCUCCAGCCCCUGAACUUUGUUCGAUUUUAUCUCCCUCUGCUUAUCCAUCAACACGAGAAAGUCAUCUAUUUGGACGAUGAUGUAAUCGUACAAGGGGACAUCCAAGAGCUGUACGACACCACCUUGGCCCUGGGCCAUGCGGCGGCUUUCUCGGAUGACUGCGAUUUGCCCUCCUCCCAGGACAUACACAGACUCGUGGGGCUGCAGAACACAUACAUGGGCUAUCUGGACUACCGGAAGAAGACGAUAAAAGACCUUGGCAUCAGCCCCAGCACUUGCUCGUUCAAUCCUGGUGUGAUCGUUGCCAACAUGACGGAAUGGAAGCACCAGCGUAUCACCAAACAACUGGAGAAAUGGAUGCAAAAAAAUGUGGAGGAAAAUCUCUACAGCAGCUCCCUGGGAGGAGGGGUGGCCACCUCGCCAAUGCUGAUUGUGUUUCACGGGAAAUAUUCCACCAUCAACCCCCUGUGGCACAUAAGACACCUGGGCUGGAAUCCAGAUACCAGAUACUCGGAGCAUUUUCUGCAGGAAGCAAAACUACUUCACUGGAAUGGAAGACAUAAACCUUGGGACUUCCCUAGUGUCCACAACGACUUAUGGGAGAGCUGGUUUGUUCCUGACCCUGCAGGGAUAUUUAAACUACAUUCUCCCAACAGCUGAUACAAUUCGACAUUUUAACUAUUUCCUGUGUAAAUAAUGUGGAGGUGCCCAUUUGUAGCCUACUAUACCGUUGUUCUUCAUGGACAGUACUUUUGAUACAAACGAUCCACAAAAACAAGAAACCCUACUGUGUACAAACAGGACCUUGAAUCAUAUAGGUAUUGAUUUACUUCCUUAAGUACAGGUGGCAAUUAUAGAGGAUUAUGUGAGUGAAAUAUUCUAUUGGAAAGAAAAUAAAAUAAACCCAGCUAGAUUUCAGCAAUCAAUUUGCUUAUUAACGCUGAAUGAAAAUUAUGGCCACAUAUUAAAGAAAUUUCUAAAUGUAUUUUUCACAUGUAGAUAUUUUUUAACAGGUUGCCAGUCUUGUAUAGAACAAUAUGUUACAUUUAAAACAUGACUGAAAAAAAACAUUCAUAGGUUUUUUUUGAAUGAUUUUCAUUAUAUAUUAUUAUACGUGUUAAAUACAGUAGAAGGUAAGCUGAUCACAGGUUGGCGGGGGAAAGAAUACCAGUAAGUCUUGCUACAGAAAACACUGCAACUUAAGGAUAAUCAUCCUCAAUAUUUUUUACUGUAAAAACCAUCAGACUUUCAAAUGAAUUUAAAAA